GGCGGCCAUAUUUGUUUCAAGUCAGCGAUAUCGGCCUCAUCGCGGGUCAAGACGGUACUAAAUCGCACCCUUAUCAACGUUAUAAAAUGUUAAAAUGUAAAUUAAGAGUUAUAAAACAAUAAUAUUUAUCAUCCUAGUGCUCUUUAAUAUUUGUUUCUUCACUUCUUCUUCCGGUAUGGCGUACGAUUGUUGGAGAAAAGACGGAUAAAAAUGAAAGAUGAAUGAUGGUAGUCAAAUGAGAGGAGGAGGGACACCUUCUCGAUCUCGAAGUGGAAUGAAUAUACUAGCCCAACAAUUAGGGUCUAGUCCUACAAGUGGAGGUGCAAGGAGGUACCCUGACAGUAUGCUGGACUUGAAGAAUCGAAGUGGGCAGGUCGCCGAAAGUGGUGGCAGGAAGAGAAAAGCGGAAAGUGAGCUCUAUUCAGAAAAGGCUCGGAACAUCCUUGCCCGCAAAAGGGCGAAAUUAGCAGAAGUGAAGAACCGCUAUACUGAUGCAGUUGCUGAGUAUACAUUUAUCCACUUCAAAGGUGAAGUGAAUGAUUAUGCUAAUUGGAAGCGAAGACCUAUGCUGCCUCAGGUCGUGAAUUAUCUGAAAACCUUCCGCCUGGAGCCCAAUGAAGAUCUUGUCAUUCAACCACCUCCAUCCGUACAGCAGCAGCCAGAGAUGAGGAUUUCUGGAGGUGUGCCUGUUGCUGUUUCUACCACACUUCCUGCGGCAGUUGCAAGACUUACGCAACAAGGUGGUACUCCUUUGGAUCCAGAGCAUUCAUCAGACAAAAAGGCGAUUGGGUCUCCAAGAAAAAUUUCUGUCUCAAGUCUGUCUCCUCGGCAAAAUUCUCGACAGCAAUCUGUGUCCUCUUUCUGUGAUAAAUCUAUGGCUAGCUCUGACCAGAUAGCUGAAAAAGCAAAACAAGAAGCAUUUGUUCUUCAAAGGAUUAGUGAGUUGCAGCGUGAUGGUCUGUGGGCGGAGAAACGGUUACCAAAAGUUUCGGAGCCUCAACGAGUCAAAGCUCACUGGGAUUAUUUGCUAGAGGAGAUGGUCUGGUUGGCAGCUGAUUUUGCUCAAGAGCGCAAGUGGAAGAAAGCUGCAGCUAAAAAAUGUGCAAGGAUGGUCCAAAAACACUUCCAAGAGAAAGAAAUGGCAGCUCAGAAACAGGCCAAAGCUGCAGAGCUCCAAUUAAAAAGAAUUGCCAGUUUUAUGGCAAAAGAAGUAAAAACUUUCUGGGCAGAUAUAGAAAAGUUGGUAGAGUUCAAACAGAAAACUAAGUUAGAAGAAAAACGGAAGAAGGCUCUAGACCAACAUCUCAGUUUCCUUGUCGAUCAAACAGAAAAAUUCUCAUCAUUGGUUGCCGAAAGUAUGAAUAAAUCAUCGAACAGCAAUGCAGCCACACCCACUCUUCAGUCUGCUGCGUCAUCCCGACCGUCCACUCCUUUACAAGCUGGUGAAUCAGAUGGUGAGUUUGAACCCAACCAAAGCUCAGAUGAUGACGAAGAAACAAUCGCCAAAGCAGAACAAGAAGAAGUUGUUGACCACUCCAAAGAAGUUGACAUGCUCAAGCAAGAAUCAGAGCUUCCUCUCGAAGACUUCUUGAAAUCACUUCCAAAAGACUAUUUAGCCAACCGUCACAAAAAAUUAUCCUCAGAAUCGGAGGAAGAGGAUGAAAGUACAGAAGGUCUUGAUGAUGAGUACAAAACACCAGACGAAGAGUCAAGUGAUGAUGAGACAACAAUUACUGAGCAAGAAAAAGCUGAGGGCGGCCAAGAUCAUGCCGCAGAAAUAGAAAAUCUUGAGAAAGACAACAUCCUCAGUCUUGAUGAGCUUAUGGCCAAGUAUGGUGCUCCAAGUUGUGACAGUGAGCAAGUUUCUGAUGAAGAAGCUGAUGAGGAAGAUGUUGAGAAUGAGAAUGAAGAAGAGGAUAAAGAUGAUGGUCUUACCGGUGACUCAAGUAGUAGUGAAACAGAAGAACAGUGCAUUGGACUUAAAUCUCUUCUUGAUCAAUCUUCUCCGCAGAAAGAAGUUUCCAGCAAUGCUAGUAAUGAGCAGGCAGACAAAGAGAUCAAUGAUGCAGCUGCUCUGGCAGAAAGUAUUCAGCCGAAGGGAAACACUCUUUCCUCUACGAGUGUUGUGACAAAAAUUCCUUUCUUAUUGAAGCAUUCACUCAGAGAAUAUCAGCACAUUGGUCUAGAUUGGUUGGUUACCAUGUUCGAUCGAAAACUAAAUGGUAUUCUUGCUGAUGAAAUGGGUCUUGGUAAAACUAUACAAACGAUAGCUUUACUGGCGCACUUAGCUUGUGAAAAAGGAAUAUGGGGUCCACAUUUGAUUGUUGUGCCUACAUCUGUGAUGUUAAAUUGGGAGAUGGAAUUCAAAAAGUGGUGUCCUGCAUUUAAAAUUUUAGUUUAUUAUGGUUCGCAGAAAGAAAGAAGACUGAAAAGAACAGGGUGGACGAAAAAUAACGCCUUCCAUAUCUGUAUCACAUCGUACAAACUAGUCAUUCAAGAUCAUCAAAGCUUUCGCCGCAAAAAGUGGAAGUAUUUGAUUCUAGAUGAAGCUCAAAAUAUAAAAAAUUUCAAGUCGCAGAGGUGGCAGUUACUUCUUAACUUCCAAACGCACCGGCGGCUGUUACUUACGGGUACCCCUUUACAAAAUAAUCUGAUGGAACUGUGGUCUCUAAUGCACUUCCUCAUGCCAGAAAUGUUCCAGUCACAUAGCGAGUUUAAGGAGUGGUUUUCAAAACCUGUAACUGGGAUGAUAGAGGGACUUUCUGAGUACAAUGACCAAAUUAUUAAACGCUUACACAAGGUUUUAAGGCCGUUCCUCCUAAGAAGGCUAAAGUCUGAAGUUGAAAAACAGUUACCAAAGAAAUAUGAACAUGUUGUUAUGUGUCGAUUAUCAAAUAGGCAGCGAUACCUGUACGAUGAUUUCAUGUCUAGAGCCAAAACGAAAGAAACUUUAGCUUCUGGGAACAUGUUGAGUGUGAUUAAUGUUCUCAUGCAAUUACGGAAAGUGUGCAAUCAUCCGAACUUGUUCGAGCCCAGACCAAUAGUUUCACCAUUCCAAAUGGACAGGAUGGAGUUGAACACAGCGUCACUUGUUUGGACACCUCUAGAUUACGAUCCUCUCAAACACAUAGAUCUUCAAUCUUUAAACUUCCAUCUGUUAACCAACGAAAAUAGGAUGAAUGCGUUUUCAGCGCAUCGCUGCAAGAAGUAUUGUUAUCCCCGGAAACUGAUCGAAGAAAUCGACUCGGCUCCACCUAGUCCACCUCCAUGCCCACCAGGAAAACUGAAAAUUAUCCAAAGGAGGGAUUUAAUGAAAGCAAAAUCUAUUCAGUCUCUUCCAGUAGCAGAUAAUCCAUCUCUUAAUUCACUAGUUAAUCACAAGACAUCUGCGUUAGUGAAUGCUGGUUCGAAAGUGAACUGCAACAGUUCAUCACCUCUAGUCAGACAGCUGAUGAGUCAAACCUCCCCGGGUGUCCCCACGCCUGUGACGUUCAAGGUUGCAGGCACCAACGCUCAGCUCCAGCUUAUCCAACAUCAAGGACAAAUCAAAGUAAUGGGAGGCAGUGAGUUAAAACUUAAAGUGGUUGCUAAAUCUGGCGCUGGUGGAGCAGUUAUGAGCUCGUUAUCAGGAUCUCUCACAAAGUUAGCAUCAUCCGUGAAUCAGCAAAAUCAAAUGAAACCAAUUCUAAGGAUACAUUCGUCAGAGUCAGCGCAGUGUGAUGGAAUGGCCACCGCAACAUCCUCAUUGCCAGGAUUGAGGUCAUCAGCCAAUUCUAGUUUUAACUCCAAUAGCUCAUCAUCCAUAUCUACUAGAAGAAAAAGGUCGUGUAAUAUGAACGAUAUUUGUGCUGAGGAAAAACCGAACUCAUGUUUCGCAAUUUCUGAAUUGGUAGAAGCUAUGCACCAAGAAAGAUGUGAUAAACUGCGGUGUAUCGCAAGAAUCAAUGAUAUUCGCUGCAAUGGAUUUCCCUUGUAUGGGAGUGACUUGGUAGAUAUUUUGAAAUGUGUAAUGGAUCAACCGAACCCUUCCUCGCGGACACAAACUCAAAGGCAUUGGCUCAAUCUGGGCUAUGUAAAUGCUCUAAAUGCUUGGCGUCUCAGGCAUUCCAACAAGUAUUUCUGGUCUAUAUCAAAUUCAUUAGAUUCCUUGAUCAGAUCUCUCGAUGACAGAGCCACCGAUCUGAGAAGUAUAUUCACAAGGUAUUUAGUGUUUGUUCCUGCCGUUUGUGCGCCUGUUCCAAGGUUCCAUGUUUCACACCCGGCCCCUUCGAAGCAUCUAAGUUUGCAGCAUCUACAGAAAGUCCUGGAGCUAGAACUUCUACCAAAGUGUGAUAUUCUCCAUCCUAUCGUGUCUGCCUUGUUAACGCAAUUCCCUGACCCGCGUCUCAUCCAGUAUGAUUGUGGUAAGCUCCAGACUUUGGACCAGCUGUUGAGGAGACUCAAGUCAGGUAACCACCGAGUCCUCAUCUUCACGCAGAUGACCAGAAUGCUGGAUGUUCUGGAGGCAUUCCUCACCUACCAUGGUCAUAUAUACUUAAGGCUCGAUGGAACGACAAAAGUGGAUCAAAGGAUGGCUUUGAUGGAGCGAUUCAAUGGGGAUAAGAGAAUAUUCUGCUUUAUCCUCUCAACGAGAUCUGGUGGUGUUGGAGUGAACUUGACUGGCGCUGACACUGUUAUAUUCUUCGAUAGUGAUUGGAAUCCCACAAUGGAUGCUCAAGCGCAAGAUAGGUGUCAUCGAAUUGGUCAAACACGAGAUGUCCAUAUCUACAGGUUAAUAAGUGAAAAAACAGUUGAAGAGAACAUUUUGAAGAAAGCCAAUCGUAAGAGGUUGCUUGGUGACAUUGCCAUUGAAGGUGGCAACUUCACAACAGUAUAUUUCAAAUCGUCAACAAUCCAAGAUUUGUUCACUGUGGAUGCCAAUGAAAACGAUGCGGUGAAAAGAAUGACUGAUGAAUAUGAAAGGAAACCAUCGAUCCAACCAUCGCCAGAAGAAAUUACUACACAGCCUGAAGAGAAGAUAGGAACGGGAGCCAUGGGAGUUCUGGAGAAUGCAUUGGCAGCAGCAGAAGAUGAGACUGAUGUUGCUGCAGCUAAAACAGCAAAAGCUGAAGCUGCUGCUGACCUGGCAGAGUUUGACGAAAGUAUUCCUAUUGUCGAUCAAGAGCCAACGGAGGAAGUGAGUAAAGCAGAACAAGAAGUCAACAAUCUCGUCCAACAAUUAACUCCAGUCGAACAAUGGGCCAUGAAGUUUAUGGAGUCAAUGGAUAUGGAAACAUACGCUGAACAAUUUGCACAGGCUGAAGCUGAGAUUGAGCAGCAGAAGCGUGAAUGGGAGCAAAAACGUUUGAUCAUGAAUGAGGAUGAUAAUUCUGAAGAGGAGGUGGACGAAAUGCUCACGUACUCCAGCAGAGACUCUCGCAACCAGAUUUGGAUAGCUCAGGAUGGUCGAGAGCACAUGCCGAUCUGGUGCCCUCCAACUCCUCCCACUGAUGACUCUGAUGUUUAUAUUGACCAUUCUCUGGGUUUGUUGUAUGAACACACAACUAUGUCCGAAUCCCAACUACCUCCUGUUUAUUAUAAGCGAGACCGCAAAAGGCUCCGGGCUGAUACAUCUAAUGAUGGUCGACCUACCAUGAAAGUGCGUUACCGUGAUGAAAAUCUAGCUCUCCACACGCCCAGAUCCCUCUUUGAUCGUCCCUCAGCUGCAAUCCUCAAGAUGCGACAAGAAUUCCGUGCGCAGAAAAGUCGAGGUAUCGCUCGACCCAUUUUGACCCCUAUCCCAGGCUUAAAACCACAGCCCCCAGUCAAGCCUGCCCCUGAACCAGAUCACGUGCCAGAAUGGACAAUUGCAGAGGACUACGCUAUUCUUCAUGUUAUACAAGAUGUCCAAGAGUUGCCAUUGAGCCUUGUCAUUUUAUCUCCUGGUCACACUCCCAACUGGGAUAUGGUCGCAGAGGCAGUCAACAAAGAGUCCAGGCUAUACAGAUCUCCAAAACAGUGCAAAAAUAGGUAUGAAAGUGUUAUUUUACCGCGUGAAGAAGGUAAAAUUGUAUAUGAUCCCAACUCAAGGAAAAAUAAAAAACAGAAGGGCUUCUAUAGACCCCCUCAGACCAAAUCUGGCAGAUCUUUAGGAACUUAUCAACUUUUCACUCAAGACAAAAAUACUUCCAACGUCCAAAUUUUAGCUGGACGUUUUGAUGCAAUCCAGAAAAUUUCAAAGCAACGCACACCUGUCGUGAAGCCUCUGCAGUGCAACCCGUCACUUAGUAGCAAAAACUUUAAUCCAAAUCACUCUGCAAUGCUAGCUGAGUGUAACAUCGACUAUGACAAUCCUCUAACGCCAGCUGAAGUUGCGCACAAACGGUCUGAAAGGAUUGCACGGGAAAAACAAGCAGCUCAGGCAGCUGCUGCAGCUGCAGCUGCGCUACAGCAGUCAGGGACAAAAGAACAACAACAACAACUGUUGCUUCAAUUAAGCCAAACUCAACAACAAGUCGCAACCACCAAAACAGGAGCAACAGUUACUCCCACCAAAAAACAAGAGUCAGCAACUACUCCAAGUCCUGUUGGGAGUGUCAUUAGGUCAUCCACACCUUCGUCCUCUGGUCAAGCGCGGACCGCCACAACUCUAGCUGCCUCUCCUGGAACCACUGCUACCCAGAAAGUGGCACUACUAGCUGGAAGCAAAGGCUACACGCCAGCUCAACUGGCUUUGUAUCGUGAACAGGCAUUGUUGCGUCAACAACAACAGUUGAAACUACUUCAGACAAAGCAGGGAGCCGCACAACAGCAAGUUUCAGUUGCUACUACAGCUAAAGUCUCUGUGGCAGUAUCUUCUCCAACUGCCCAGCAAAGACAGGGAAAGCCGUUAACUGCCAGAACAGUAUCAGAGUCAGAAAUGGCAGCAAUAAUGAAACGCCAGCAGCAACAAAAACAACAGCAGCAAGCAGCUCAGCAGCAGCAGCAACAACAACAACAACCAGUACAACAACAACAAUCUCCGCAGCAGACAGCAGCAGCAGCUGCCAGUGGUAGUAACCUGGCAACAGCACAAAUCCUUGCUCAAGCUGGCAUUCAAGCUCAGCAGACAACCACGUCAACUGGCAUCAGCCAAGUUGCGGCCCUUGUCAAGGCAGUUCCAGGCCAAACGCAUAUACCUGUUGCCAAUCUAAUUCCGCAGGUUAAAGCAACUUUGGGCACUGCCAAUCUGAAACCUGCAACAGCCCAACAGGUUAGGCAGAUAGCUUUGCAGCAGCAGUUAUUGGCUGCUCAGCGAGGGCGUUUACCAACUCAACUAAUGCAAGUUACCGCUGGCAAAGGAGGAGUGCCUCUCAUAGUCCAAACUCCAAAAACAAUUCCGACAACGAUGACAAUGCAACAGAUCCCAGUUCAACAAAUUAUCAAGCCGGUCACCCAUCAGGUUUCACAUGGAAGUGCUGGCACAGCAACUCAAGGGCAGGUCCUAUCACACACUGUUCUUGCAAAGGCACAAGUCUCGUCUGCAUCCUCACCAAUCCAAACUCGCAUUGUUCCAGUUGCAAGCUCUCCCUCUAAUCUUAAACCAACAAUCCAGGUUGUGACUGCAGCUCCUGGUGGGGCCGUGCGUACCUCUGUUCCAAACGUAACAAUUGAUUCGAGUGGACGCUCUGUGAAAAUGAGCAACACCGCCCAGCAACAAGCUCUCUAUUCUCAGGUGUCUGCUGCAUUACAGCAACAAAGUGGACAACAAACAGUAUCGAUGCGCCCCACUGGCAUCAGAUUACAGACAACAGGAGGAACGAAUCCUCCUUUUGUAGCUGUUGCUGUCACUCUUCCAUCUCCUCUUCAACAACAACAACAGCAGCAGCAACAGCAACAACAGCAGCAGCAACAACAACAACAACAACAACAACAACAACAACCGCCACAACAACAGCAGCAGCAGCAUCAAAACAAUCAACAAUAAUCGAAUUGGAAACAUGGCUGUGACUUAGUAAUUAUUCGUAAGUUUUUUUUGUUUUUUCAAUAUUUCGUCUUGAAUGUAUAUUCAUCGGCCAUUGUGUCUCAAGUAUUUUGUUUUAAUGUAAAUUGUGGAUUGUGAACAAUUGAAUACCUAACUGUAAUUUUAAUCUGAUAGAUUUAAUAUAUUUUUUUAAUCUCAUGCUGUAAAUAAUCUGAUCACAAGUAAUGCAGAUCAGAUGCAUUUUCCUUAAGCUCCCUGUAUUUGUUGCCUGUAGAUAUUUUAAACAUUUUUAUUGUUUUUGUGAUCUAUCCAGUAAUUGUAAAUUGUAAUUUUUUACAUUUAUACUGAAAGGCCUUUAGGGCAAUUUUUUAAAAAUUGUAUUACUCAAGAAGUUUUACUGAGAGAAAAGAAUCUCCGAACAUGCACAUAUAAUUUAAUACUUCGGAGGACCACAGAAUGUUCAUCAGACGUUUUGAUAUGGUCUGGGUUUCAUCGAACAUAGUCUGAAGGUGUAAGAGAGUUACUAUGCAAGAGUAAAUUUUAAUGGGCAGUAUUAGUUUCAACUAACUUUAAGUGAUAAAAUUUCACAAUUAUCCUUGUGUGCAGGCUAGCUAGGUUCUCUUGUUAAAAUGGAGCUAAAUUUCAUUGAAAAGGGAAAAAACUGUCCAGGGUUUCAUUUGAGAAAAGUUCUUGUUUUGUCCUGAGAUUUACUCAACCAGCCAAAGUCUAUGUCAGCGCUUCCUACCACCACUAUCCUUCUAUUAUUAUCUCUUAAGAUAAAUAUUCUGAAACUAAAUUGUUCACUUAAUCUAUGGGUCAUUAGAAAAUGAUGAUAUACAUGUUGGCCCUCUUUUAAGUCAUACUGCACAUCGAGCCAUUUUGAUUAGUUCUCACUCACUCACUCUCCAAGCAAGGAGGAAAUGUGAUGGUACAAGAAGUGAGCUGUGAGCCUUGCUUACAUAGGAAUUGGAAUAAUGACUCUUAAAACAUUGAAUUUUUCAAAGAUUUGCCUUCAGUUAGCAACAAUCAAUGACCUUAGAUGCGAACUAGCUUAUCAAUAUAUUGAACUCAGUCCUUAUAAAAAGUGUUUUAAGGAGAGAAAUAGUAGAAAACAGCAGUUGUGCCAAUACAGUCAACCUCCAUCAAGCUGAAUGCUGCGCAAGGUUAAAUUUCCAUUAAGUUAAAUCAUGCAUGAUCCUGUUUAAUUUCUACAUGGCCUAUGUUAUUAAUUUAGGCCGAACUAAAAUUUCGAUCAAAACAGCACCCGCUUCACUCAGAUCAAAUGUCCCUUCUCAGGGUUUUUUUUUCUUACUUGCCCUCAACCAUUUCGACUAAAUUAUUGUGAGUGUAGCGCUCACAAAUAUGUCAAUUUAUGUUUCUCACUUUUAGAUCGAGAUAAAUUACCAACCGUUCUUCAAUGAUUUUCAAGCAUUCAAACGAAGGCAUGUAAAUUGCUAAAAACUCAAUAGAGUCAAUUUUUAUGAGUGCAAAACACUUCCUCCAUUAAAAUGUAUGUAAAACAAUCAAAUCUUUGCAAGGAAUCUAUUUUUCCUACUUAGGAUCAAUAUUUGUAAUGGAUUUAAAUAGAGAGAAAAUAGUGAUAUCAUCUCCUAAGAAUCAUAUCUGGAGCCUCAGCAGCCUAAGGAACUGUAUCUUGACUAUUAUUCAUGUUCCCGUUCCAAUUCGUAGUGCAGCUUCUCCUAAGCAGUAGGACUUCCUCCUAUAUUUGUUUGCUCUAAAGUAAAAAUCCAACUCCUUCAACGAAAUUCCUUCCUCCCUCUUAACAUAUUUUUUUAGUAUUUUUUUUUUUUUUUUUUUUUUAAAUUUUAAUAUGUUUGAUGCAUUGACAUUGCUGUCAACAGUGCAUUUUUAUUCAGAGGUUAAUAGGUUUUCCUCCAGUGAGUGCCUACAUACUCAUUUGAAACCGAUUGUCAAAAAGAGUAGAGCCUGAUACAAAUAAAUCAGUUUAUUUUUAGUAUAUGGCAGAAGAUCCACCAUAUUUAAAUUCUUUCGUUUUGUUUUAUUGCAAGAAUGUUGAUGGAAUUUUUUUAUUCUUUCUCCCCGCUCCCCCCCCCUCUCUCUCUCUCUCUUUAAAAAAUAGUUGACCAGUAGCUUACUGGACAAGGCAAACACAUAUUAUUACUUACAGUCUCAUAAGCAAAAAUUUCCUGCUUAAAAUUUUGAACGUAUCGAAAGAUUCUGAAAUUAGUGGGUAGUCAAGAAAUAAGCCUUAUUAUAUAAUCAUUUACUUCUAAUUUAGGAGACCAUCAAAAAUGAAAAACUUUGACCGUGCUACUUCCUGGUCAUUAUGUAACUGUCACCACUGUGUUAAAAAGAAACCGAAAUGCAGCUGAAGUAUAUUCCUCCUCAGCUAUCUCUCCAGAACAAGGAUAAGUCUACUCAAAACAGGUUUAAUGAAUGAGCCGCAUUGCUAUGAAAGCAGCUAUUUAACACUCCAAUGUUCAAUCAUUUUCUUUUGUGACUGUGAUUGAUAAAAAAAAAAAAAAAAACCCUCCUGAAAUAAGAACUCCCUGUCUCACCCGCAUAUUUUUAAAAUUUCUGUUUCUUGUGAUUUUGUGGCUUCUUUCUUUCAACUUCUAGUAAUUGGGUUGUUAUUUGCUUGCAACUUUAUGAGAAGCUUUUUCAUUUAAAAGCCAUCCAUAGAUUUGUCUAUGGAUUGUUUUAGAAAUUCAUUCACUUAAUACUGUUGUUACAUGAUGAUUUUACUUGAUUCCAACUGAGAACGAUGACCAAAGAUUUUUGAAACGGAAUUUUUUCGAAGAAUGGUCAUGGCACUAGCAUGCAGAUCAUUCAAUUGAGUUAUGUACUUCCUUUAAAACUUUAUUUUAUAUGUUUAAAGAAUGUCAGACAAAAGUUUGUUUAUUAAUCAGGUUGUUACAAAAUCUGUUUCCACACCUGUUGGUUUAAAUUGGAAAUCUGAUUUCAACUAUCAGAUUUGAAAUGAAAUAAAGAAAUAAUCUGAUUUUA